UAUAAAUCUAGCAACCCGUCUAAUGAUGAUUAAUCGUAGCCAAGAUCAAAAUAUGGAGAGGAUUUAAGUAGAUCAAUAUCUUAAGAGCUAAUAAGAAGAGCCUGAAUUCUCCGAAUAAAUUAACGAGAAAAUAUAGAAAUAUAAAAACAACCCACAAUUCGAAUCUAUGGAGGAACAAAUAUCUACAGAAAAAAUUGAAUCUUUCUAACCAGAUAAUAAAAAAAAACAACCCGAUAAGAAUAUUGAAAUUUAUCGGAUAUCUUUCCAUGAACUUAAUGAACUGUAAUCGAAUGAUGAACUUUAUGAUUUCUAAUCAUCUAAUGAAUCUAUUAUACUUCCUUUUGUAUCAAUAUAAUUAUUAACUAGCCACCCCACACUUAAACAAGACAUCCAACUUCUAACCAUAUGUCAGUAUCUCUUUGCAGGGCAAUUAAUUAUGAAUUAAAACAGAUGAAUGAAUAGCCAUAUUUCAUUUUGAAAACCAAAAAUAAUGAAAAAAAAACAAUAUAAGCUGAAGGAGAUAUGAAUGAUAAGAAAGCUAAUUUUAGAAAUCUAAAGAAUUUUUUAAUAAAGAAUCCUAAAUUCAAGACAUAUUUAUAAGAAAGAAAAUAUGAGGAGAGGCUUAAACGUAAUAACAAAACUCGAACUGAUUUCGCUAGCUUCCAUCAAUUUAUUGUUAAAAGGCUUAAAAUUGAAUGA